GAGGCUUCUCGACCGCAUUGCGGUCGUGGUGGGGACGCCCUCGUCGUGUUCGUGUGGUCCUCUUCUGUGCUUUCGCUUAGAAAAGCCGGCCCUCGGUGGGGGAGCCCGCAGAGAGCGCGAUGGAUGCGGUGCUGUGCGACGAGUUGGUGCAGGAGAUUCUCCGGCGACUGCCGCCGUCCUCCGCCCCCUCUGCUUCCCUCGUAUCCAAGCGGUGGCUCUCCCUCCUCCGAUCCUCCACCACCUCCCUCUCCCUCGCCGUCCGUCCGCGUCUCCCUAAUUCACCGUCGCUCUCCUCCAUCCUCGCCCACUACCCUUCCGUCUCCGACCUCACCGUCGUCUCCAAUCGCGCGGAGGAAGAAGAUGAGGACGGCGGCGCCGACGCGCUAGUGUUCGUUAUUGCUUCCGCCGCUUGUAACCGCCGCCUCACCCGAUUAAGACUCAUCCCCGCCGCCCAGGUCUCCCCUUCCGCUCUCCAAUCAUCCGCCGCCGCCUUCGCCUCCCUCACCUCCCUCCAGAUUGCCUCCCUGUUUCCCCUCUCCUUCCGCUGGCUCGCCGCGCUCCCCUUUCUCAAAUCCUUCUCCCUCGUCCGCUCCCGCGCCAAACGCCCCCGUAUCCAAGAACUUCCCGAUGAUGAUGACGACGGUGAAAACGCUAUCGUGAUGCUGCCGCUUGAGAGUCUGUCGUUGUCCGGGAUUUACGGUUCCGAUCGCGGCCUCUCCUGGCUGUGGCGCCGCUGCGGCGGUCUCCGCUGGCUGCAAUUGCGGGCUUGUGAGGGGACCGGCGAUGGCGACUCUUCGUCGGCUUUCCCCCUCUGCCUCACCGGCCUUCUCGGGCUCGAGCUCCGCACCUGCCGCUCCAUCGCCGACCGCGUCCUCCUCCUUGCUGCCGAUAGAUGCCGCAACCUCGCCUCCUUCCUCCUCUACGACGGCGGCAGCCGCGACGCCCUUCACCACUUCAUCCACCGCCGCGGCGCCGCGCUCCGCACCCUCGACCUCCGCCUCCCGCUUGACCUCCACAACGACCAUCUCUUCGCCAUCGCAGCGGAAGAUCGCGAUCGCUACCGCCUCUGCCACCACCAGCUCGCCUCCCUCCGCCUCCAUAGCUGCUGCCUCGUCACCGGAGAUGGGCUCCGCUCCCUCGCUCUCUCUCCGGCUGGCGCCGCUAUUGAAGAGCUCGCGCUGGUGAACUGUGACGUGGUGGAGCGGGAGCCUGGGCUACUCACCUUCCUCAGCCAGAGCAUGCAGCGCCUCCGGCGGCUCGACUUGUCGCACAACGAGACGAUGACCGACAAGGAGGUGGGAUCCAUGCUAGCUUCCUGCAAGAAUCUAGUAGAGAUCAGGCUAAAAGGUUGCAGAACCCUGACCGGCGAUUCCCUGAACUCCUUGCUCAAGCACUGUGGCAAGCAGGUGGAGCUGCUAGACAUUUCGCGAUGCCCAGCCAUCGGAAAUGAAGCGAUUGAUAAAUUUGUCACCAACGCCGGCCGGUUGAGCCAGUUGAUCGUGGAGGAGGACAAAGUGACUGAAGCAGUCAGAGCUUGGCUAUCGCGGAAAGCCAUUAAGCUCAGUUAAUCGAGCAAUGAAGGAGAAGAUGAAAUACAAUGAGAACAAGGGGAGGGAAAGAGGGGAACAUCAACCUGAGUACUAAGUGGAAUGUAAUUGUAGUCAAAGAAAUUGAUAUGUAUUCGUAUGAUAUAUUUGUGUAUGUUCCAAUUCUAAUUGUCAGUCUUAACUGAGAUAUUUUUAUACAUAUGAAGAAAAUUUGUUUGACUAAGGUGUUGCUAGAAUUCUCAUUCUAUGCAUGAUAACAGUCAUUUGAGUUUGAUCUAAACAUGUUUUUCAGCGUGCCAAAGUAACAAAACAUUACCAUUUCAACUAGAAAUCAAAUUUCUUCACUGAACAAAAUGGUUUUCUCCAUUCAUGACCAUGAGAUAUCAUCACGCAAUAUUCGAUAUGAAACUAUUACCCAUUAGGAGUGAGUGCAACAAGGUUAAACCACUAAGUAACUGUUGAUACAUGGAAGUUCAUCUAUGAUUUGGAAGAACUCUCCUUUUCCAUAUUUAAGUUCAUUAGUCAUACAUGAAACUAGUCUCCUAAACCGCACAGCAACUAGAGUAAGUUUUCUAUUUUAUCCUUUUUUUAACAAAAAAUCUAGAAAGCUAACUCAGGCCUUAUAGAAUCUUUUGUUAAGAAUUAUUUUAUCUUUGAUACUUGCAAUUCAUGUUUCUUUUGCUGUGAUGUUCAUGAAUGAUGAUCAAAACUAAUCUGUAUGCUCAAUGUUUGUUGAAACGGUCUAAUUCAUGAUGGAAUCCCUUUAUUUCUUAAAUUCUUGCAAUUAUCUAACUCUGAUUAUUUCUGUUUUAUUCCGUCUCCAAAUGUUAUCGAAGAACUAAUACUAAUAGUUGCUUGAUUUAGUGGUAAGUGAGAUAAAUUCAAAGAGUUUUCGACCAAAUUUCGAGGGUUUAAGUUGAUGUAUCAACCCUAUUGGAAGAGGUUUAACCUUCUCCCAAUACUAAAUUCAUGUCAUCGAAAACAAGUAAAAAAAAUUCAAUGCA